AUGCCACUAUUCCCCGAAGGAACGGGGUUACAGGCCGAGAUGGGAGUCCAACCCGAUUCAACUGCCGCGGCGAGCAUCGUGUCUCCAUCGCGAGAGAUGCAGGUGAAGAAUCGUCGCAAACGAUACCUAGACGCGCAUCCCGAGUAUUUCUCGGCUGAUCUCGAGCUUGCUGACCCGUUGCUGUACGAUCGCCUAAUCCGCCGAUUCCAGACCCCGGCCGAGAGAGAGGCCGAAGGACGCGCCAAAGGGUUCUCGGGGGUGCUUCAAGCGGACUUGUGUCGCUCCGAGGCCAAGUUCGAUGCCCUAUCACAUCCAGACCCCCAUGCCAUGUUCAGCUAUACCCGCGGACCGAACGGGGAGAUCCUUGCUGAGGAGCGGGACGAGAUUCCCUCGAGCCAAGAAGAGGGGCAGAAGCUGUGGCAAUGGGAGAUGACAUUGCGGUUCCUUCGUGGGGAGGACGAAGAUUUCGACUAUGCAACUGUCGACGAUAACGAUGAAUAUGACGAUUGGAAUGAGGAGCAGGAGCGAUACUUCGAGGACGAGGAACCGGAAUGGAUGGUGGACCGGGCCAAUGAAGGGGAUGUCAGGUCCCAGCUCCAGGGAGAGACAGGCAUCCAGGAUUUCUGA